AUGUCAAGAUGGGCAACUUUCGCGGCAUUCGAUGUCAUCAGCUUGGUCGGUUUCGGAGAAGCUUUUGGUUUCGUGGAUACUGCUAGUGAUGUUGAUGACUUGAUUGAGGAACUUCACAAGGGUUUCUUCUAUUUUGGUAUUGUUGGCAGAUUGUAUCCUUUCGUUGAACUCAUCAAGAGAACUUGGUUUGGCCGAUUCCUUGUCUCUAGCGAAAAGGACAAGGGAGGAAUGGGUUUCUUGAUCAGAUGGACAAACCGAAUCAUGAAAGCUAGACAGAAGGAACUUGCUGAAGGAAAGGACAACGGCAGAGUUGAUCUCUUGCAAUCAUUCUAUGAGGCCCGUGAUGCCCAAGGACAGCCACUCACCGAUGAUCAUAUCCGAGCUGAAUGUAUGCUUUUGUUCACAGCCGGUGCCGAUACCACCGGAACAACCAUGGGUGCAAUGAUGGCAUAUCUUCUUUCCAACCCAACUGUCUACGCCAAAAUGGUGGCUGAGAUUGACGCUGGUUUCAACAGUGGUGUUCUCUCUUCCCCCGUUCCAGCUGCCUCAGAAGUCUCCAAGAAUUGUCCAUACUACGUUGCCUGUGUCAAAGAGUCCCUGCGCUUAUGUCCUUCGGCUCCUAACAUCUUCCCGCGUCUUGUCCAGGCAGACCAUGCUCCUCUAGUGAUUGAUGGGAAGACCAUCCCAGUCGGAACUGAAGUCACUAGCACUGCCUACAUGGCAAACCGUGAUCCGGCAGUUUAUGGAAAGGAUGCUGAAGAAUUUAGACCCGAGAGAUGGUUGGAGAAUGAUGGAGAAGCUGGUAAAGUUUUCGAUAAAUAUCUGGCUACCUUCGGAUAUGGUACUCGCAGUUGUUUGGGUAAAGACCUUGCAAUGAUUGAAUUGAUGAAGACUCCUUUGAUGUUUUUCCGCGCAUUUAACCCACGCUUAUGUCUCCCAAGCAAGGAAACCCCAUCCCCCAAACGUAUUUUGGUCGGCGCAAUGUUCUAUUGGGAUGAUAUUUGGAUGAAGCUUGAGAAGAGAGAUAUUCCUGGGUUUUCUUGGUAA